AUGGAUCCUAAUAAUAUGCAGGUAUGCUGUGUUUUAUGUAUUUUUUGCUCGAAGGAUGUUGAGAUUUGAGAAAAAAAAUUAAAAAUUCGAACCUUGCAGUUUUCAGUAUCUUUUAACACGAAAACAGUGAAAUAACUCAACGAAAAAGUUAGAUGUCCUGUUCUCUUUUUGAAGUAGCAUCGGCUCUUCUGAAAUGUCAGUAUCGAAGUUUCAGAACAUCGAUAUUGGGAACAAUGGGCAAAUGCCGAUCGGGGGUCAUGGAUUGCAAUCGAAUCAACUGUCAGGUGUGCAAAAUGGCAGUGCGGCGGGACAAUAUACUCCCCAGAUGUUCUUUCCGCAAUCCUAUCUCAACCAAUUUGCGUAUGCUGCUUCCAAUAAUCAAGUUCAUACCCAUAAUCGUCGUUUUGAAACUUUUAUAUUUUGUUUUAGUUGAUGGAUUUCCAUCAACAGCAGUACCUUCUUCAAAUGCAAACUCAAGCUGCAGUCGCCAUGCAACAGCAUUCUCAACCUAUCUUCCAACAACAACAACAGGUUAAAAAAAUCAGCUUAACGAAGAUUUAAAUAAUUCCAGAUGCUCCAACAACAACUUCUGACUCCACAGAACCAAAUUCCGCCUUCGCAGAUGCUCUCGACGCAGCAACAACUUUCUCUCGCCGCCGGUCAUCAACUUCUCCAGCAGCAACAUCAGCCAUUACAUCAAGAACUUCAUCAGCAACACCAUUCGCAGCUGCAGAAUCAACAUCAGUCGUCUCAGAAGAUCCAAGAUCACGCACUUCUACAGCAACAACAGCUCUACAAUCAGCAGCGACAAGAGCAAAAAAUGCAACAACAGCAGCAACAACAACAACAACAACAACAACAACAGCAGCAGCAGCAGCAAUUGGUAAAUUGCAUUCUUUAAAGUUUCAGUUGCAUUCAAAAAGUUUCACUUUUCAGAUCCUUUUUUUCGAAUUUAACUAACGAUGAAGUUUUGCGUGGAAAGCAAAGCUUUUAUUAAAAUUAUGAGCAAAAAAAAUCUUUUUUUUUGCGGCCGGAAUUUUGCUUUGUAUCCCACUUUCUGUAGGAAAAAAGCUGAAUUCCAAUGAAAAACAUAGGAAUUGCUUUUUUGAAAUUAAAAAGUCAGAGACAUAUAUUUGUAAGUUUCACUACCCGUUUUUCAUAGGCUUUAUGUUGAAAAUUGGAAAAGGCACCCAACAAGGAUCUCUCACUUUAUAACUUUUUUUUGCUUAGUUUUUGGGUCUUUCGACCAAAUUCUCUAAAGCGUGUGAGUCUGAACGAUAAGAGCUCUUUGGCUGAAAUAUCUUAUGUUUUCAGCAAGAACAACAACGUCUGUACGAGGAACAAUGUAGACAAGAAGCGCAGCGAAAACAAGAAGCCGCUCGGAUUCAAAUGCAAAAAGUUGGCUGUUCAUAAAGACAUGAAAAAUUGAAUUUCAUUUACAGGAACUUGAGGAGAAGGCAAGGUUACGCGAAAUGCAAGAUAAACUCGAGAAAGAGCGAUUGGAACAGAUAGCCAAGGUAUUUUCCUCCGUAUAAUAGGCAUUUCAAAACCGUUUUUCAGCAAGAAGAGGCUGCGAAGGCUGCAGAGGCAGCGAGAAUCAAGGCGGAAGAAGAAGAAAGAAAGCGCGCCAACCUCAUGAAGUACCUGGCUGAGCAGAAACAGAAGCAGCACGAAGCUGACCAGGUAUCACAUCUUUUUUACUCCUCAGUGACAUGUGCCUUCAGGCGACGGAGGAAAUGCACGAGCGGGUUCGUCUGAUUGGGAAGCCUUUGACUCUCGUCGCCACUCAUUUCCAUUCCAACUGUUAGUUUUAUUCAGAAUUUUUUUUCAAUCAUAAACAGUAUCUAUCGUAAAAGUGAAUAUUUGCCAAACUGACAUUCACAGAAACCAUAAAUAUUUCUCAUUUAUAUUCUCUCUGUCGCUUUCUUUUUGAGGUGUGAUUUUUGAAAUUCACCCUCAAACACGGACACUUCUAAGAUCAAACAUUGAAAUAUUAAAUAGAAAGUAUUGUGCAGAUAAAUGAAGUAUUUUCAUUUAGACUUUCAGAGGUUUAUAAAAAAGUUUUCGGAAAACUUAGAACUUAAACUUAGAACAAAAGCGCGAAAUGGCUUUUCUUAGAAUAAAAGCGCGAAAUGGCUUUUCUAGAUAAAUAGGAGUAGAACGAAAAGUCAAAAAUAGAAUUUUUAGGAUUUUUUCUUUUACCGCACUCACUAUAUCAUAUUGCAAAAUCUUGGUCCCAAAAACCAUUCUGAAUAAAUUUAGGUUUUAAAUUUUUUUUUUUCAUUUUUAAAAGUUCGGAGUUAUGGCUUCACCGUACUAUUAAAGGUUUCAUUUUUUCAUUUCAAGUGUUUAUUCGCCAUUCCGCAAUCUGCACGACAAAUACAAAAAUAUAAAACAUCAAGACAAUCAAAUAAAUCUAACAGCUGAUCCUGAUGGUGUCUGCUUAAUUUCAAUCGUAUCGGGAAUUUUUUCAUAUUUUGAACAUGAACAAUAUUUUCAGUUGUCGAAAUGCUUCCUUUGCCGUACGAGAGCAUGAGCACGUCGAAAAGUGCCUUCGUGAGUUUGCCCGAAAAUCGCGAUGAAAUUUUGGCGCUCUGCGAUGAACAAAUCGUUGCCGCGAUAUCGCAAGCUUUGAGUAUGGUCGACGCCGACGAGGAUAUGUUAGAAACCGAGUCUCUUUUUUUUCCUAAAAUUUUGUUCUAUAGACCAACUCGUUUGGACAAGCUUUAUCCGAUGGAGAAAGAGACCAAUGACUUGUUCAUGGACCAAAUGCCACCGCUGAUUCAAGCUGUAGUCAGUUUCAACAUGAACGUGAGUUUUUUUUAAAAGUUAGUUCUGAAAUCUCUCUUUGAUGCAUAUUUGAAGUGAGCCAUUUUUUGAAGGGUCCAUGAUAAUGAAAAAAAAGUUUCAUGAAUAUAUCGACUGGUCAUGUUUCAAAAAAAAAAAUAUCACUUAUUUUCUCAGAAGUAUCAGCUUAAUAUCGAGCGACUUUUCCAGGCUUUGGACGUCGACUCUCACAAUAACAUGCAACUUCUGGAGAAUGAGGACCAAAUAAUGCAGGAAGAUCUAGUACGUCCCGGACCUUCGGUAGGAACUCCUCUGGAUGAUAAAAACUCGUGGCAUUUUUUCAGCGAGUAUUAAUCCAAAGAGAAGAGAGAAACGCUCCUGUGGAACGGGUGGAAACGACGACCGCUGGAUCGAGUCCUUCGGGAACCUCUUCGCCUUUGGUCCAGGUGGGGAUAUCUAACGAUUUCAAUCAGAAAACUUUUUCGUUUCUAGGAGGGAAGAGAUUCGAACAAGAUUCGAAAGCAAAUGGCUUCUGUUGGAAAACAGCCAAAAGGUGGAAACGGAGGGAAUCAAAGGCGGAAGCGAGAUAUGGUAAAAUAAUUUCUGCUAAACUUAAGUAGAAUCUCUAAUAUGAGCAAAUAUGAGCACACAUGAUGUUAUAGACUCAAAAUCGCAGAAAAUUAGUUUUACGCUUUGAUUUGUCGAUUUUUUGCCGAGUUAUGAUAUUUUUGAAGCUUUUUACUUGUAACCCUUCGAAUCAUCGUACCUCGAAAACUAGCCGGGUGAUGAUACUUUGAUUUAUUUGUAAAAAAUCUUUCUGAAAAUCGUGAUUCACAAAAUAUUCGAUUUAGAGAAAAAUUUAUCAAAAUGGCCUUUUUAUGGCGCAGAACAAGAUAUUGUUUUCUCACUUUAGGUAUUUUCUAAUAUAAGUCAUGAGGAGCUGAAAGGCAUAUAUUUUUUUUAUUAAUUAGAGUUUAAGGUGGAAAGUUUGUACGACUCCCUCACUGGUUACUUUGAUCCAUCAGAAGGAAGGCGGCGAAGACUUCGCAACCACGGGGCUUCCGAAGACGACGAAGAGGUUUUUUUUGUGUUUUAUUUUGCUCUUUCAAGAAAAAUUAUUAGAUUAAAAAUGAGUAUUCAGGCGCACAAACGCGACUUGGAGCUGAUUGCGGCGAUGGAGGCCGGCGAGACGUUGCCGAGCAGCGUCACUGGCAUCAACGAUGUAGUUGCUCCACGAAUUUCAAUACCCUCAACAAAAUUUCAGAUGUACGAGGGGAACAGCAGCGAGAGAGACAUGGACGGCAGUGAGACGGAGACGAGGUUCUUCGAGAAGAAACAGAAGAAACGGACGCGAGAAAGUGCACUGCCAGAACGACCUCCAACUCCCACUGAUGGUUCGUUUCGGGGCUUUUUUUUCCUGUCAACAAAUCUCCUAAGGAAAAAGUUUUUUGGUGGAUUGUUGCAAAUAAUUUAGAUCCAAUACAAAAAAAUUUGAGUUGGAUGAUCUUUAAAAAAAGAAUUAAGUUUUUUUAAUUUAAAAAAAUGAUUCGCCACCAAUUAAAAAAAGUCUGACCUGUCUGCGCCCUUUUUUUCGCUCAGCAGCGAGAUCACAGAAACAUGGAAAUAGCACUGAGGCUGAUAGAAAAAAUAAGUUUGGAAAAGGCAGGAGAUCCAACAUCUUUUUUUUUAAUCGAAAAAUAAAAUUUGGUGACUAUAUGUUUAAAAUUUUUCAUUUUUCAGUAAUAUCCGCUCGGGAUGCAGAAUGGAAAGAGCGUCAACUGCAGAAGCUGGAGAACAACAGGAAACGGAAGCGCGAAGAAGAAGAUCAGGGCGCGUGGAACACUGACGUCCGUUGAUUGUCUUCAGAUUUACCUUGACUCUCAAUUUACAGGUCCUUGCUGAAAAUGACUCUUUUGUACGUUUCAAUGCACUCGUCGACACAAUUUUCGAGCAAGUUGAAGAUCUCGAUCUGACUCUCAGUGUGAAGAAAAAUCAAAAAGGUAGAAUCACUCAGAUUUCAACUCAAAUCGCCCAUCAUUUUGUCAGAAUCGGAUGUGGAAGACGAAGAAGCUGACACAGACGCGACCACGCAAAUGCUCAUCGAGAGGAAAUUGAUGGACGAGCUCCGACACGAGACCCAGAAGUUGAAAAACUGGCAGAAACUGAACAAGGUUUGAAAAAAAGCAUAUAAUUAUUUGAUAAAAGACAACAGCCCUCAAAACAACUUUCACGUUAUUUUUUUCCCGUUAUUUCCUUGUGUACUGAUCUUUAAGAAAGUAUCUGUUGUAGGUGUUGGGCGUAUACGCGAACAUCAAGUUAUCAAUAAAUUGUUGAAGGGUUCUUCUGAAAGUGUUGAAUGGAUCAGAUUGGUUCAAAUCUAUCCAAUUUGGCUGCAAAUUGGCCUGCGAUGAGUAGUUUAAAACGAAUCUUUUUCAUUUUAUUUUUAUGCCAUGAAACCUUUUUUUUCGUUUUUUUUUUCUUAAAAGGUUGAAGAGUAGCCUUCUCCUACUGAACUAAUUGAGGUCUUUAUUUGCCUUCUUAUGAACAUAGGUGAAUUAUCCCAUCAAAAUAAAAUGAAUUUAUUGUUUCAGAUUCCCGUAGAUCGAAUAAUCAAACUUCUGACCAUGUUGGAAAGAAACACGCGUGACGUGAUCAGCAGCGACGGAUUGCAGCUUCUCGUACCUGUGGAUGACGACGUGAGACCUCAUUCUGAAGCGAUUGCUCGAAUCAAAAAAUAAUUCAGGGUAAUGAGGAGGAGCCGGCGGCGUGGCGCGACGACGUCAACGACAAAUUGAUCCGUGCCGCCGACGCGGCCUUUACGGCGCUGCUCAUCAUGACCUGCCACAAAAUGCCAAAACAAGUCGUCUCCGGAAUUCAAUCCAAUUCUUCAUUUCCAACCUUCCAGGUGGUUCUUGAAGACGUCAUCGAACGCUCCAUUUCACUCACCAAACAGUACCUCAACCACAUCAUCUUCCCUGCUUCGGACAGUCUUUUCAAGUCGUCGAAAAAGAAAGGUUUGAUCAAAUUAUGUUUAAAAUUGAGGGAUUUACUACGGGAAAAAUUUUUGAAUGAUUUUGAUCUGUAUAAUAUCGUGAAACCUUGAAUUUUUUUUUUUGUCUUCUGAUUUUUUUUGCUUGUUUUGUGUCGUUUUUUUCUAGAUACCUGUGGAACUUUUUGAGGUUUUCGAUUUUAUUGAUCAAUGGAAGUUUUCAUAAGAUAACGUAAUUUCAAAGAGUUUUACUCGCCGUAGCUUGAAACACUAUUAUUAAUUGGGCCUCUCAUCGACGCUCCCGUCUUUACCUGCUAGUUAUAUACUUCUAUGAACUGACUAGAGCGAAAAUAAACGACGCAACAAAGUAACCACAAAAAGUUUUAUAACACCUUUUAUAUCUGGUUUACUAUUCUCAAUUAAUUGAGUUCACUCAAACAAUGUAAAAAAAAAUAAUUAGAAAUAAAAUUUGAUUUCUUUAAUACUUCAGUGAAUGUGGAAGACUCGCGUCGAAAACGCCGAACGGCGGCCAACAACCGUUCGCCGAUCCUCCAAAUCAUUUACACGCGUAUUUCCGACAUUUUCGAUUGUUUCUCUGAGUUGGUUCGCGUCCACAAACUCUCCGAAUCGUCCAUUUUCCACCUCGCCACGAUUUCCGUCUCCGCUUUCUUCGUCGCCAACGUCGGCGAGCUGCAAGUCCAGGUUCCUAGUCUUUAACCUCCAUGGAUCACGACAAAAUUGGUUAGGCAAUGCGUUUGGUUUCCAACAUUUUCGCCCGAGCCGAUGAUUCCGUCCAACUGUCCAUCAUGAACGAUAUCCUCAACUCGCUUCACAGGUUAUUUUCUGGCUCAACCAUCCCCUGAACUUUUAUUUUGUUUUUUUCCAGACUUCCUCUUGGGAAAAACGCCAGCAACAGCUAUCGCCUGGGCGACGAUCAAUGGAUUUCCAACACGACGGCUCUUGUUUUGCAACUCAUCCAAAGUACUGUCAAGGUGAGCUGCUUGGUCUUUCCAGCCUUUUAAAUAAAAAAAGGAUUGGUUCAGAUGCCCAAGUACCGGAAACACGACGAUGACGAGAACAAGAAAACUCAAAUGAGCUUGGACGCUGUCGUCAAAGACUCCUUCAACAAAACCAAGAAGCUCACCAACAUUUUUUUGGCCGGCUUUUUGUCCAAGUGCGUGGAGAUUUUGCUGUGGCAGACUCGAAAUACUCUUUUUCAAUAUCUACAUGAGCUUUUCUUAGGCGCACAGGUUCCUAGCUCGAUAGUAAUAGAAAGAAAAUCAGAAGUCACAAAAUACAAAUCAAAGUUAAAGAAAAAUCGGCAAAACUCGUUUUGAAUUCUAUCAAAUUUUGGUUUAAAAAAAAUGAGAUCUUUCCUGGUUACCGGGUUUAAAAAAUUAAUUCCCCUUAUUUUCGCUUUUUCAUUAUAAUUUCGAAACCCUAACAUGUGCCUGAUUCGUUGUAGAUGCUCCUGCAAGGGUAACAAGUUGGACGGCGAAGAAGAUUAUCGCCGACUUUUUGAUUCCUUCCUCCAGGUGAGCUCCGCGAAGAAUUUCCGUCUAAAAUUCCCUAUCUCAGGAUCUUCUUCUGGCUCUCUACAGACCGGAAUGGCCGGCUGCCGAGUAUAUCCUCUCGAUGAUGGGAGCUUUGUUGCUCAGACACUUCAGGUGAGGAAAGUCAGAGCGAAAAUCGUACGAUAGGUUUUUAGGAACAACAAGACGGACAUUGUGAUAAGACAAGCUUGUUUGGACUACCUGGGCUCUAUCACGGCCCGACUGCGAAAAGACGCGCGAGCGGCCGGGGAAAACUCGGCUCAGCGCCUUGAAGUAGUUAUUUUUUUAUAAAUAAAUAAAUAAAAAAAGAUUAUUUAAGCUUGUCGUCAAAACCCUUGUCUAUGAUGAAGACGACAACGAAACGUAUGAAACGGUGGAUGAUGUCAACAUUUCCAAGGUAAAAAAAUGAAGCUUUCAUUUUGUGUUUUAAAAAUAAUUUAAUCUGAUUUGCCGCGAAAUGAUAAAGUAUCCAUAUUUUAAGGGAAAAACGUGACUAAGAGUUUUUGAAAUUUCCUUUGUGACUGUGUUUGAAUCUCAAAGCGUAUAGACCAUAUUUUUAUAACGGCAUCCACUUCUGCUUUAUGCCUUUUUAUUCUGAAAGUCUGAUUUUUUUUUUUCGCUUUUUGCACUUUUUUCAUUAUCUUGACGUCGAGAACUGCGAGUUUCUCACAAGUUUGUUAGCAAAAAUUUCAAUUUUUUUUUAAUUUGUGGUUCGAUGAAAAAAAGCCAUUGUUUUUUUCAGAAAUUUUUGAUAAAUUAUAAUAUAAGGAAUAUAAAUGAAAGAGCUUUUUUCAUUUCUAGUGUGAAAACAUUUGGAACUUGAAAUAUUUAUUCUGAUAGAGCUAGUGGUGGUUGCCAAGCCUAUCUGAACCGCCAUUUAAAAAAAUCAAAUAGAUCAAAUUUUCAGCUCUCCACAACGGAUCGUUUGAAGAAGCUUGAACAGUCGUUGAUUGAUUAUCUCAUAGAAAAGAAGGGCGAUUCCGACGUCAGCGUUGAGGUUUUCAAGAAAUCCGAUAAAAAUUGCCGAAGGAAGAAUUUCAGUACGCUAUAAUGUUCUACGCCGGCGAAUGGUACUACGAGACGGCGGAGGACCUCGAAACGGCUCGAGCAGACUACAAACAAGUUAUGGCCUCCCGUGGCAACGAACUCAGUGAAAAAGUACCGAAUGUUUUCAAAAACCCCUUUUCUAUCUUGAUGCUCCCAGGAACGUCGGAAAUGGGAGAAACGAACUGAGAGAAUGAAUGAAAAAGGCGCGGCGAUGAAGGAAUUUCUCAUAAAACUGGUCGACAAGAAGCAUCUACGCAAAAGAUCUGAAAUGAUCAGGUUAUCUUUUUUCUUCUUUUAUUUCACCAAAAACUUUUGAAAUUGGGUUUUUUUCCACGUGAGUUAUGAACCUAAAAAUGUUUUUUUUUUUGUUUUCAAAUGAAGGUUUUUCAAUUUACCAUUAGAAAUUGGGGCUAAUUUUUUUUUAAAGGCGAGAAAGCAUUUUUCAAAGUUUUAUGGAUAUUACCUUUGAAUUAUUGAUAUUGAAUUUCUUGAUAGACUGUUCAUAUAAUUUUUAAAUCCAGAAAUGGAAACGGCUUGCUCGAGUCGGAUGCUUUGUGGGCCGUCAAGUACCUUGCGAGAAACCACGACUUUGCCAACGCCUUCGAUGGAUAUCUCAAAAAUGUUUGUCACCUUUUUUCAUCUUUAUUUUUGGACAUUUGA